CGCCGCUUAGCUCCCACGUACAGACCGGUCUGCGCCGGCUGCGCUCCGGCGGCGUCUUCUCGGCGCCGCGCGCGCUUGCCCAGCGCCCGCGGUGCCGGAGGCCGUGACGUGAUCGCGCGGCCCCUUCCCCCGCCGCGCUCUGAGGCAGCUGUUGCUCGGCUUUGCCAGGCCGGCCUGCCCCAAGGCCUUCGCCGCCGCGCGGUCCCGGUGCCGGCCGCGCCAUGGAAGACUACACGGUUCUGUCGGACGCGGAGCUCGUCGCGAUGCUGCGCCAGUAUAACAUCCCGCACGGGCCCGUCGUGGGCUCCACUCGCAAGCUCUACGAGAAGAAGAUCUUCGAGUAUGAGACCCAGAGGCGGAGACUCUCGCCCUCGAACUCGUCCGCCUCCUCGUUCUCCUAUAGGUUCUCGGAUUUCGAUUCAACAUCUUCGGAUUCGGAUAAGUACGAUCUGCCCAAGAAAGAGGAUGCCUUAUUUUACCAAAGCAAGGGCUCUAAUGACGACUACGAGGAGAGCUAUUUGCACACCAGGACUUCCGGGGAGCCUGAGUCCGUGGGCGCAUCCAGGAACUUUCGGGAGCCCGUGGCUUCACUCUCAAAUACUGAGACUUUUGGCCAUCAGACGCGCGAGGAUGAUCUUUUCACUUCUUCCGAAGAGGAGAGCAAGGACAGGGAACGCCCCUUGUACGCCAGGGACAGCACCUACCAGAGCAUCGCGCACUACCGCCCCAUCUCCAGCAUCUCCAGGGCCACCGUGGGCCUGCCCUGUUACCCCUCCACCACCUCCACCUCCUCCACCUCCUCCUCGUCAUAUUCCUCACCUUCCUGGCUCGCCCGCCGUGCCAUCCGGCCAGAAAAGCAGGUCCCGGGAGCCGGUCAGAGUCAGGACCGCCAGGUCCCGCUCUGGGGCCAACUGCUUCUGUUCCUGAUCUUUGCUGCCUUCCUGGUCUUUGUUUACUACUUGCUGCAGGCCGACGAUGGCAACCCCUUCUGGGUGGAUCCCUGAGGGCCUGGCCUCUGAGCCAGUCCUGUUCAGAAGGCCCAGCUCCACCACCUUAGUGUUUGGCUGGGGGUGGGGGGUGGGGCUUACCUAUGGGUUCCAGCUGGGCCAGGCCUGGCCCAGAUCAGUGCUUUGACCCCUGCCUCGUCCUGCCAGGGAACCUGGCCCAGAUCAGUGCUUUGAUCCCUGCUUCGUCCUCUCAGGGAGGCAGCAGGCCUUCCCCCAGAGCCUCCCUGCUUGUCUCUGCCUUUAGGGCUCCAGGUGGGCGCAGCCCUGCUCCUUCAGAGAAUUCUCUCGUACCGUGCAUGUCCCUUGUUCAGCAUCACCUCUGGGUGAGGGAUUAGCCAGUGGCACCCAGACUUGAUUUUUGUGAACACACAAUAAACAGACCAUUUAUUUUUAACGUGUUGGCUCUUCCUGUUUGGGGAGUGGGCUGGCAGGGCCUCCAGGUCUCCAUGUGGAGGGUCACUCACUAUCUGGUCUGGGGCUCCAGCGCUGCCCAAGGGUAUGUGUGUUUUGUGGUGUGUUUCAUCCCCCGGCUCAUUCCCUCACACCUCUG